GCGCUGGGGCUCGGGCAGGAGCCGCCGGCUGCAGCCCGGGCAGCGGAGCGGGGCCGGGGCAGAGGACGGGGCGGGAGGCGCGAUGGCCGCGGACGGGAUGGAGGCGCGGGCGCUGCAGUAUGAGCAGACCCUGAUGUAUGGCCGCUACACUCAGGACCUGGGAGCCUUUGCCAAGGAGGAGGCGGCACGCAUCCGGCUGCAGCAGGAGCGCUGGAAAGCCUUCCCGAAGGAGCGCGCCCGCGGGCCGAAGCUGCUGGAGUACGACCAGAGCCGCUGCGCCCGCUGCCGCAUCUGCACCGUGCGAUGCCAGAAGUUCCUCAUCUCCAAGGUGGGCGAGGACUGGAUCUUCCUCAUCCUGCUGGGGCUGGUCAUGGCGCUGGUGAGCUGGGCCAUGGACUUCGCCAUAGCCACCUGCCUGCAAGCCCAGAAGUGGAUGUACGGGGGCUUGGACACCAACAUCUUCCUGCAGUACAUGGCCUGGGUCACCUACCCCGUGGUGCUCAUCACCUUCUCGGCCGGCUUCACCCAGAUCCUGGCCCCGCAGGCCGUGGGCUCAGGCAUCCCCGAGAUGAAGACCAUUCUCCGAGGUGUGGUGCUGAAGGAGUAUCUCACCCUCAAAACCUUCGUGGCCAAGGUCAUCGGCCUGACCUGUGCGCUGGGCAGCGGGAUGCCCCUGGGCAAGGAGGGGCCCUUUGUCCACAUUGCCAGCAUGUGCGCCGCCCUGCUCAGCAAAUUCCUCUCCCUCUUUGGAGGCAUCUACGAGAACGAGUCCCGCAAUAUCGAGAUGCUGGCGGCUGCCUGUGCCGUGGGCGUCGGCUGCUGCUUUGCUGCCCCCAUUGGAGGCGUCCUCUUCAGCAUCGAGGUCACGUCCACCUUCUUUGCCGUCCGCAAUUAUUGGCGUGGCUUCUUCGCCGCCACCUUCAGUGCCUUCAUCUUCCGCGUGCUCGCCGUGUGGAACAAGGACGAAGAGACCAUCACGGCUCUGUUCAAAACCCGCUUCCGGCUGGACUUCCCCUUCGACCUGCAGGAGCUGCCCGCCUUCGCUGUCAUCGGGAUUGCCAGUGGCUUCGGAGGGGCACUCUUCGUCUACCUCAACCGCAAGAUCGUCCAGUUCAUGCGCAAGCAGAAGACCAUCAACCGCUUCCUGAUGAAGAAGCGCCUGCUUUUCCCCGCGCUGGUCACUCUGCUCAUCUCCACGCUCACCUUCCCGCCUGGCUUCGGACAGUUCAUGGCCGGCCAGCUCAGCCAGAAGGAUACCCUGGUGACCCUGUUUGACAACCGCACCUGGGCCAAGCAGGGCCUGGCCGAGGAGUUCGAGUACGUUGGCAUCUCUGAGGCCUGGAAACACCCGCAUGCCAAUGUCUUCGUCACCCUGGUGGUUUUCAUCCUCAUGAAGUUCUGGAUGUCAGCCCUGGCCACCACCAUCCCAGUGCCUUGCGGAACCUUCAUGCCCGUCUUUGUCAUUGGGGCGGCCUUCGGGCGGCUGGUCGGGGAGAGCAUGGCGGCCUGGUUCCCGGAUGGCAUCCACGCCGACAGCAACACCUACCGCAUUGUGCCUGGGGGCUACGCCGUGGUAGGAGCGGCUGCACUCUCCGGCGCUGUGACCCACACGGUCUCCACCGCCGUGAUCGUCUUUGAGCUGACGGGCCAGAUCUCCCACAUCCUGCCGGUGAUGAUCGCCGUCAUCCUGGCCAACGCCGUGGCCCAGAGCCUGCAGCCCUCACUCUACGACAGCAUCAUCCGCAUCAAGAAGCUGCCGUACCUGCCCGAGCUGGGCUGGGGACACCAGGAGAAGUACAACGUGCGGGUGGAGGACAUCAUGGUGCGGGACGUGCGUUACGUCACCCUGAACUGCAAGUACCGCGACCUGCAGGAGGUGCUGUACAGCACCAAGCUGAAGAGCCUGGCGCUGGUGGAGUCAGCUGAGUCCAUGAUCCUGCUGGGCUCCAUCGAGCGGGCCCAGGUGGCGGCGCUGCUGAGCGGCCAGUUGGGCUAUCAGCGCCGCCUGCAGUACAUGCAGGAGAGGGCACAGGCUGGGAGGAACAGCGUCGCCGAGAAGCCCCAGGACGAGGCUGGCCACAAGGCCUCCGACACGGGUGUGCGGUUCCAGAUCAGCACGGAGGAAUCGUCAUCGGCCCCGCCACACGGAGAGUCCCGCAAGCCCCUGAAGCCGGCGCUCAAGCGAAGUCCCAGCAGCUUGGUGGAGAGCCCCACAGCCGGGAGCCCAGAUCACUCAGGCAUUGCCCUCAAGAGCCUCUUCUGCGCCAGCACCGCCACGGAGCCCGCUGAGGCUGAGAAUUCAGCACCGCCCGAAAAGCGCAAGUCGAAGCGCGUCCGCAUUUCCGUCGCGGACCAGUACGAGCUGCCUGGCGAGAUGAGCCCCUCCGAGCUCGUGGCGUGGGAAGAGCAGCAGCUGGACCAGCCCGUGAACUUCAACAACAGCAAGAUCGACCCUGCUCCCUUCCAGCUGGUGGAGCGCACCUCCCUGCACAAGACUCACACCAUCUUCUCGCUCCUGGGCGUGGACCACGCGUAUGUGACCAGCAUUGGGCGCCUCAUUGGCAUGGUGUCCCUCAAAGAGCUGCGCAAGGCCAUCGAGGGGUCAGUCACUGCCAAGGGCGUGAAGGUCCGCCCGCCCCUGGCCAGCUUCCGGGACAGCACCGCCAGCAGCAGCGAGACGGAGACCACGGACAUCCAGCAGCUGUGGGACCGGCGCCAGCGCCUCUCCAUCCCCCGCGAGUCCAGCCCCUCUGAGACGGACGACAAGUGCCAGUGAGGGGUGGGGCCGGCGGGUAGAGCCCGCCCCAGCUGCUGACGGACAUGACAGACACUGCCAGCCCCAGUGGCGGUGGCGCCGGUGCCACUGCCCCUUUGUGCCUGCAGCCCUGACACCCUGCACGGCCGGCCUCGCCACCUGCCACCAGGGGAGGAGCCAGAGCCCCAGCAAGCCACUGCCAUCAGCCCUGCCCCAGGGGCUGCCCCGGCAGCUCAUGUGGUGAAGAGGAAGGGUCCAAGUCCAGCCCCUGGCCUCCGUCUGCGAGGUUCUCUGGGCCGCUGGCGCAGGGCUCCUGGGGGCAGAAUGCAAAUAUCCAGCUUCCUGGAGCACCACCCCCAGCUGCCAGGGGCCACUGGUUCCCCAACCAGCACUGAGUUCGAAUCCCCCUGCCCCCAACUCUACAAAUGCCUCAGCCCCGGGCCCUCCAGCCCUAGCUCUGCCAGUGCCCCUGAAUCCCGCCCCACAGCCCGCCCCCUUGGCUCGACCUGCCGGUGCUCCUCAGGCCUGAGCCACAGGCCCCUCCCCCCCUCGCUGUUCAAUCAUGCUACCUCUGGGGGUGGUUUGUGGGACGAUGGGGCAAGGGAGCAUUGGGGGAGGGCAGCUGGGCUUAGCCUAGAGCAGAGGCGAGUUUGGCUUGGAGCCCAGGGUGAACAGCUCAAGCACUUCCCCUCCCCAAAGUCUCAGUGAGCCCCGCCCCCUCCAGCAUGGCUGUUCUUGCCUGGCCCUGGGCAGGGUCCCAGGGGCUCGGGGCCGGGGGGGGGCAGCGACCGAGGCUCUCUGGGCCCUGCACUGGCCAGAAUGUAAAUACAGAGAUUUUUAUAUUAAUUUAAUAAAAGGACUUUAUCAAUAGAGCAAUAAAGUAA